UUUCCGGGGUGGCGUAGGGGCGUCCCGACGGUGUCGAUGCCGCGCGUCGUCGUCGCGGGUUUCAAACUCUUGGCCGGUCGCGUGCGACUUGAGUUUUCAGUCGCAACUCGGGCGCUGCGAGCGCCACCGAUCACAGACGUGUGAAUUCUGCGGUCGUACGAUCGAAUUCGGGAAAUUUUGACGCGCGCUCGAAAACACUCGAUUCGGAGUUCGCUAGGAUUGUUUUUUUUUUAAUUCGGUCGAAAACUGUUGUCGGUGCUGAGCUUUGGAAAAUUAUUGUGGGGCCGACCCCGGAGUUUAGGGAGUUUUACCGAGGCCACAGGACACAUCAAAAAUCUCAGACGUCGAAGGAGAUGGGUUAAAAAUCCGGACGUACGAUGUCUUCGAAGCAGAUUUGUUCGAACAUGGCACAUCGUUCGUUAUCCUGGCCUAUCAGCACGUUCGAGGAAUUAUACCAGAGUCACGACAAGAGAACCAAAUAAAACGACCAUGAAGAGAACCAAACUUCGUAAAUGAAGUGACGCGACCAUGGUAACGGACGACGUCAAUGUGACGACGACCCUGGAACCAUCGCCCGACUACGACCUCUACAACGAUUCGUGUCUCGACUGGGUAAACGACGAUCCCGGCAUCGAGAAAUGGAACUUUUUCCGAUUCGUCACCAACGGCAUCCUGCUCAACGUGAUCGGAUGCUUCGGGAUACUCGGCAACCUCAUAUCGAUGAUCAUCCUGUCGCGUCCCCAGAUGCGGUCCAGCAUCAAUUACCUGCUGAUCGGACUUGCCAGGAUCGACACCGUGCUCAUCAUUACCAGUAUUUUGCUGUUCGGUCUACCCGGGAUCUAUCCUUACAGCAAACAUUUGUUUCUCUAUUAUUUUAGAGUGUAUCCCCAUAUCGCGCCGUUCGUCUAUCCGCUGGCGACCGUGAUGCAAACGGCUUCGGUGUACCUGACGAUGACGGUCUCGUUGGAACGGUACGUCGCCGUUUGUCACCCGUUGAGGGCGCGUUCGCUAUGCACGUACGGACGCGCGCGUACUUACGUGAUCGCUAUCGUCAUAUUCUCGACCAUGUACAACGCGCCACGCCUCUGGGAGGGCGAGAUCAAGUCCGAAUGGAGCGACACAUUCAACAUGACCGUCUAUUGUCCAAUACAGUCCGCGUUUCGCGACAACGAACUGUACCAGACAAUCUACAUUCACUGGCUGUACCUGAUCUGCAUGUACCUGUUGCCGUUCAUAUCGCUAGCUGUGCUCAAUGGUGCCAUCUAUAGACAGGUUUUAAAAGCGAACAGGGAACGGCAGAGGUUGUCGCGACUCCAGCAGCGCGAGAUCGGUCUGGCGACGAUGCUCAUGUGCGUCGUGGCCGUCUUCUUCGUCUGCAACCUGCUACCGAUGGUCAUCAACAUUGUCGAGACGUUCAAGAUACCCACCGAAGACGUAUUCGACAUCACGAUGAUGAUCAACCUCAGCAAUUUGUUGGUGACGAUAAACAGCAGCGUCAACUUCAUCAUUUACGUGAUAUUCGGCGAGAAAUUCCAAAGACUGUUUCUGGUGCUGUUCUGCCACAACUCGCUCUUCUUUCCCGGCAGGGAGUCACCGGAUGGAGCCACUCACGACGAUAGUUUCGUUUCAAACGGAGACAGAAGCUUUAGGCUUCAGCGCCAAGGCACGAGCAUCAGUCGAAACGGAAGCAGGCACAGCGGCAGAAUGAACGGGACCAGUGACAGCAGGAAAAGCGGUAAAACGCCUAGCCCCGGCCCGUGCGUCUAUUACCCCAUCAACAGGACCAACAAAGAAGUGAGCACGUACACGACCCAAACCCUAAUGCCCGAAUGACAUAGGCUGCAAACGGACGUGUGAAAUCGAAAUGUCAAGUAGCGGACGAUCCGGAAAAUGCCCGCGCCAGCUCCGGGACCCACCCCAAAGAUUUCUAUAGUGUUCGCGAGGGUGAGAGAUUGCGGAGACACGCCCAGGCAAUUUGACGUUCAUUACUCGAUUCAAAUUAGGGGGCAUUGUUGAUUUAGGCGCGUGGGGUUUAUAGAUCGCGCAGCGCUUCGAUUCUUCAAUAUUUCGCUCGACGGCCCUUAAAGCUUUUCGUUUGUUGCCGCCACGUCAUAUCAACCGAAUAAAAGACAUUCCGGCGCUUUGUAGGGCGUGUCGGGUAUCGUUGCCUAUGUGUUGCCAUAAAAGCUUUACGAAAAGGAAAAUUUCUGAGAACGGACUUUCGUGUAACUAAAAAAGGCAUAUCGUUCCAAAAAAAAUUUGUAAUUGGCCGAUAAGUUGAUUUCAAGUUUUUCGCUCCGGCAUCCCUUUGAGAUUAUGUAAAUAGACAUCGCGAUUUGUUUUGCGAUGCAAAGCAAAUGUAUCGCGAAAACAUCGUCUCUGCUUUCUCUCAUUUAUUUAGUGAGACUAUGGAAGACGCGUGUGCCAUAAAAAGAUUGCUUCGACGGCUGACUUUUUAUAGAAAAGAAUUGCAGAAAAUGCGAAUACGGAAACGGGAUCGCUCCGACUUAUUCUAGUCCGUCGAGAACGUUUUAUAUGUCGGGCCGGUCUCAAGUCAAAUGUCGUCUUUUUACGCGACACAAAUCCACCCCGUAAGCGCCGCUGUUCUGUGGUGAUAUCAGAUCGUAAAAACAAGUGGGGAUACGUUUUCCUGUAUAUAAUAGCCCAUAAAUGUCACUUGCCCAAGUAUAUUUUUCAUUGCUCAGUAGGUUUACGUAGCCAUUUCGUAUAGGGGUUUAUUGUACACGCACCCUUUUUCGACUCUUUCUCCCUCGGAUACGUGACCGAUGUCAAAGUCUACCAAAAUGUGUGUUACGGAUCAUCCUCUGUAUCGGACUAUUAAUAUUAGAUAACGUGAAUGUAUAAACAGGACGUUUCAUUAACGUACGUAUACUGGAGAUACAUCAAUUAUCCAAUCCCAAAAUUUAGACAGUUUGUUAAGUACAGGGUCUUUAAAAUGACCAUGUUUAACUAGUUCAAAGAGGGCGUUGGUUAUCUCCGGAUUUAACCGCAGCGUGGCAUGGAAUAACUUCUUGCUAGGACUAUUUUCCUUUUCAUGAACUUGAAGCUAAAAAAUUUAGUUAAGAUCCCAAAUUUACCGCCUAGGGUACGUUUUCCAGUUUUUUAGAUUAACGUCAACUUAUGUGACAUUAUGUAUAAUCACAAUUACAAAAAAGUUGAACUUUCGAAUCGGAGGUAUUUAGGUCAAUUUAGGUGUAGGCGUAUCGUUAAUGACACGCUCUGUAAAGAUAGUUUUAAUCGUACCUCGUAAGGGAUUCUUGGACCAAAUUGUUCUAGUCAUUGUCAACAAUCUUUUCUACGUUAUGUCGCGUCUGCGAUAAUUGGCACAACGUUGCGUCGCGUCGCAAACUCGAAACGUCAAUCGGUCAGGUGUCGCAGAAUCGCCCUCGCAUAUCUACUAACGCUUCGGGCCGGCGACACGAAAAUCACAUUUCCAUCAGUGCGAUGAAAUUUUACGAGUGAGGAAGAGCGGCGAGUGCGAAACCGGAACAGAUAUCUUUACUUUUUCCCUCCGAUGCUCGGGAGAGGAGGGGUAGAAUCAAGGUCGCAGGGGUCGCCCUGGAGUGUCGUCCCGGGACCGUGCGGGGGCGGGACCGAAAUAUUUAUCGAAAUUCUUCUACGCGGGCGGCAAUAUUUAUCGGAAGUGACGUAAUCGCGACGAAUUGCGUGGCCGCCGCCUCCGGGUCGAAAUCCGGAGAAUGAGGAGUAACGGCCUGAAGGAUACAAAGUAAACCGAAAAAAGAGAGGCGUAAAAUAAAUUUUAUUAUUCGGAGGGCCGCGUUAACUGAAAGGAUAAAAAAUAUAUGGGCACGGCCUUAGCGGUCAGUGGCGUGCGUCCGACAAAAAUGUUUUAUUAAACGUAAUCGCGACGCUUUGAUAGCACAUUACCGAUGAAAUCCGGCUCGAAGGACCGAAAAAUUUUUUUCGUUUUCAUUGUUCCGCCUCAGUUUACGUCAGGAAAAGUGCUCGUUAUAUUUAUUAAAGUUGAGACAAUAGCGCGGGGGAUUUAGUGGAAUUUAAAGGCUUCGAACGAAUCAAGAGAGAUGGAGAGGGGGCGCUUAAUUCGAAAAUAAGCUUCCUGGGCGACUCCGGGUGUCGAUAUUAACGUAUUCUCAAACUUUCGAGUACAAUUUCCGGAUCGCGAGUGAUUAAAAGACGAUUUUCCACGUCUAAGGGCGAAGUUAGGGCCACGCGUUAAACUUGGCGUUAAGUUUGCGAUGUGGCGUCCUCGUUUGGAAUAAAAUUUUAACCGAGAUUUUUAACGAUGGUGUACUGUAAAAUGGUCUGUUUAAUUAAAAAAAAAACAUAAAAAAAAACGUUAAAUAACACGAUGGUUGGUGACAAAUUCUUAAAAUUGAUGGGAAAACAUUCAAAGAAUAAGACAAAUCAAAAAGAGAGUGAGGCAAAAAAUCUUUUAAUGAUAUUUUACAAUAUUUCGCAAAAAUUAUCGGAACCUUAAAUAAUUAACUUUGAUUUCGUAAAAAAAAAUGUGAACUUCAAAAAUAAUUUUUAUUUUUAAAAGAACUGACCGGUAACUGUUUUUUUAACUCAUUACAGAUGUCGUUGGCAAGGAUAGAAUAAAACAAACUUGGUAAAAAAAAUAUGAAGCAAUAAUAAAAGUGUGAUAAAAAAAAUUUUACAUCUUGUGUCUAGGGAAACGACGUAAUUUUGCACAAAAAAUGGUUUCCUAUUAAUUGUCGGAAUUUGUGCCUAAAGCAUCCAACCUGCAUAAGAUAAAGGUCUGUCAAAAUUAUUCAAAAUGACGGAAACCUCAGAUACGCUUUAUAAAAGAAGAAAAACCAAGAAAUGAAAAAAAAUUAACAAAACAUUAGUAAUCUUAAUAAUUACCUGCAAAAUUCGAUAUUCUCAUAAUACAAACCUUAAUUGAGAAGAAAGCAAAGCCAUCAUUUCGGAAAAUGAAGCAACACUUCACGAUCCAGAUUAUCGUAUGAAAGAAACCGAUUUUAAAAUUAAUUAAUUCAAAUUAACUGUCAAAUUCAGAAUUUUCAGACCAAAUUCGGAAAAAUUGCACAAAACAAGCAAUGAUUUUCUAGCAGCAAUUAUAACACAUACCCAAAGUUUAAAAUAAUGAAUUGUUAAUGAUCCACUACGCCUUUACGUUUAGCGAAAAAGCUUUCAAAACCUACCCGUCUCUCUCUCUCAUUUGUCAUAUCCUAACGUGGCGGGAGAUUACCGAGUAAAUCCUCGCCGCGUCUGGAGAAUGAAGUCCUUCAACAAACCGAAUCCUGUAAUCUAUUUUUUUUAAACCACCCGUAUAGCGCGGUGUUUAAAACGAUUUCUACCUGUACUUUAAGAGCAUUAAUUAACUUUAGAUAAUUGUGUGGGGAAGUCUAUACGCUCGGUUAUAUCGCUGCACUCAAAAGACUAUUUUUGUACGAUAAACGAAGGGAAAAAGGCUAACUGAAGAAAAAACAAACAAACGAGAACGUUGACGCAAUUACUGGUUAGAUAGUAAGGGACGAAAAUUUUAUUUAUUCAAACUUUGACUACAGGGUGUUUCAUAAUAAGAUGCCAAUCCUAGAGGGUGUCAAACUUUGUCGCUAUAUUUUUGUUACAUAGCAUGUGUGUGAACGAGAUUUUCCUCGUUUUCAAUGAAUUGUUUUAACAUAGUUAAAUAAGAACAAACGUUCAGAUUUUCACAUAAAAAAUAUUUAAAUGACAGCUAUUUCGGCAACACCGUGAAUUUAUCAAAUGCGAAUAUCAAAGGGUACCGAUGUUUAUAAAUACAAAACAGGUAGUAAUUACUCGAGGUAUUACGUUGAGAUUUAGCAAGGGGGAUCCAUUCAAAACCCGUUGGUCAAUAAGUAAUACAUUCGAACCUCUCAUCUCCAUAGCUUCUAGUAAAUCUAAUUUUCUACUUUUUGAAACAGCGUGUAAAAUAUCGAAAUUGUGUUUUUCUAAAUUUAAAUGUAUAUAAUUAAAAUUUAGAAAAACACAAUUUUGACGAAAAUUUCGAUAUUUUACACACUGUUUCAAAAAGUAGAUAAUUAAAUUUACUAGAAGCUAUGGAGAUUAAUAAGAUGAGAUGUUCGAAUGUAUUACUUAAUAACCAACUGGAUUUGAAUGGAUCCCCCUUGUUAAAUCACAAUGUAAUACAUCACAAUAACUAAUUACUACCUGUUUUGUAUUUAUAAACAUCGGUACCGUUUGAUAUUCGUAUUUGAUAAACAGUUGUCAUUUAAAAUUAUAUUUUAAAAUUUAUAUGAAAAUUUGAACGUUUGUUCUUAUUUAACUAUUUUAAAUGGAUUUUCAUCAAGUAAAAGCCACUUCAGUACAAGAAACUGUUUUAGAUUUUAGAAAAUUUUUGCACGUCUUCAUGCUUACGUCACUUGAUUAACAAGUUAAAACAUAAUUUUCCUGACGUUUGAUUUCAAUAUGUUCUUGUUUGUGGGCAGCCUUGUACGAAAUAUUAUGAAUGAGGUUCCAGACAGAACUCAUUUUAAUUUAGAAACAAUGUUAGAAACCAUUACGACAAACUCGAAAAGAAUUUGGUUUGCAUUUUCGAAAAAUUGAAAAGGAAACUAUGUCUCUGCUACAAAAAUUUAGGUCCAAGCCACUGACUUCUUUGGUAUGACGAAAUUAGAUGUAGUCGAUGCAUAAGACUAAAUAGGCAAUUAAAAAUACUUAAAAAGUGAGAGUUCAAUUACAAUUAAAGAAAAGCAAAUCUUUACUGUUUUUAUUCAUAACCCACGAUAUUUGCUAUUUUCGAAACUUCUCACCGCCUACGCAUUAAACUUUAGUAAAGGGGCCCUUAUUUCGCCCUAGGUGGCGUUAAACUUUACCGGUUAACAAGGGACGAGGGAUAAAGUGAAACAUAGCCAAAAUAAUGCAAGAAACAUUUUCAGCAGAAUCAGUAUCUUAUAAUGAAACACCCUGUAUACUUACACAAGUGUAAAAGACUGAACACUUAAGUUAAUAUAAUUUCCAUGUCUAUUAGAAAAAUAUAUAUUUUUUUUGUUUAUGUAUACGACGCGACUGGAUUGUAAAUAGCAUACAAAUAUUGAUGUAAAUAAAAUGUUUUAUGUGAA